AUGAGUAGUAGAGACGUAAAUGAAGAACAAAUUCAAAGACUUUUGGACUGUCCAAUGUCCAGUGAACCAGACCCUCAACAUGAAAUUGAGGAAAACAUAGGUUCAAGUGUUGACGACACGGAUGAAGAUCCGGACUUUUUGCCAAGUGAAUCGGAUCAUGACAGUAGUGAUGAUGAAGGCGAGGCUACAAUGGAAAUAGAGACAAAUGAUAUGAACGGUGGCGAUUCUGGUGAAAAUGACGGAGAAGUGAUGAUGGAUGAAUGGACUGAAUUUAAAGGUAGGCAACAAGAAUUUCUUUUCACUUCUACUUCUGAGUACCAUUUAAAUAUGGCCAAUGAUGCUAAACCUGUAGACUAUUACUUAGCUUUCAUUACUGACGACAUUAUACAAAUGAUGGUCGUAGAGACUAAUAGAAAUGCCAGUAAAGUAUUGCGAGAAACGAGGUUGAACCGAAGUAGUAGACUUAAUAAAUGGGCUCCCACAGAUGAUGUAGAAAUGUGGAAGUUUAUUGGUAUCCUCAUAUGGAUAAGCUUGUCUAAUCAUCCCCGCAUAACAGACUACUGGUCUGGCAACAUUUUGUAUAAGAAUACUGUUGCUUCUCAAGUUAUGAGCCGAAACCGUUUCCAGCUAAUGCUACGCUUUUGGCAUUUUAACGAUCAUGCUGCUGAGGAACGUGAUGGGCGUAUCGCAAAGAUUUUGCCCCUAAUUUCUAAGAUGAACGACAUUUUUUUGAACAAGAAAUCUGCUGGCCAAGAUCUCGUAAUAGACGAGAGCAUGAUUCCCUUUAGGGGCAGACUGUCAUUUCGACAGUACAUACCCAACAAGGCCCACAAAUAUGGCCUAAAGAUUUUCAAACUUUGUGACCAGCAAGGGUAUACCUAUUGUAUAAAAGUUUACAUGGGUAAAGGGACCAUCCAGAAUGAAAAUAAUGAAUUAGUUUCAACCUCAGUGGUCAUGGAACUCAUGGAACAUAACUUGGAUAAGGGACACAUCUUAUAUGUAGAUAAUUACUACACAUCAGUGCAACUUGCCAAAAAUCUUUUAGCUAGAAGAACCCACCUUGUUGGUACUGUGAGAGCAAACAGGAAAGGUCUCCCUGCCGAUGUUAUGAAGGCACAAAUAAAAAAAGGAGAAAUGAAAGCCCUUGAAAAUGAAGAUGGUAUUGUAGUUACCAAAUGGAAGGACAAGAGAGAAGUGCGAAUGUUGUCCACCAAACAUGAAGUAGAGUACGUUCUCACAGGAAAAAUAGACAAAAAAGGCAAUGACAUUUUUAAGCCAUUAGUGAUAGUUGAGUACAACAAGGGAAAGAUGGGCAUCGAUGUGUCUGACCAACUCUCAUCUUAUAGCACUGGUGUUCGAAAGUCAAGAAGAUGGUACUAUAAAGCAGCAGAAGAAAUAGUUCUUGGAACCGCUGUUGUAAACUCUUGGCUGGCCUACACUAAUGCUGUGAAAGCAAGACCUACAGCAGGCGGACAUCAGAAAAAGCACUGCAUGUCAAUUACAACUUUUAAAGAAAAUCUGGCUGUUUCACUUAUGGGUCUAGAUAAUAACACUAUUACUCCUGUAAAAGGUACAGGGCACCAUUAUCUGACUAUAUCUCAAAACUUUACUGGAGAGGGAAAGGGUAGACACAGGGUCAGAAGGAGACAAACUGUCACCAUAGUCCACAAGGUUCUUGACACUGGUAGACCUGCGUACCUGAACAAAAGAUUGAUGUUGCGGUCGGCGGUCAGGGAACGUCAUACUCGGCAGGACGCCAUGCUGCAACUGCCGAGGGUUCACCUGGAGAGGGGCAAGAAGGGAUUCUCGUACUUUGGACCCAAGGAAUACAAUACCCUACCACCUGCUGUAAAAGUCCACAAUAUGCAAGCUCUGGCAGGUGAAAAACAGCCUUCUGGCAGGGAAAACGUGUUUCCUUUUAGACUUAGUAACAACACUUUCUUCAUUUAUGCCAUUAAAAGACUGACGAUGUAA